AUGGCGGUAAUUUACUCUCCUUCCCUUGUAAUUUCCUUCCAAAUCUCUACAUUUUCAGCUAACAAUUCAAUUUUACUUGUAAUUUGUGAUUUAGGAUUCGUCGUCGGGGACGACAUUGAUGGAUCUGAUAACGGCGGACCCCGGGGUGGCGCCGAAGUCAUCGGGAUCGACGGCAGCGGCAGCGCCAACGGCAUCGCAGCAGCCGACGGUAUCGAUGUCAUCCAUAGCAACGACGACGACGAGUUCGUCGUCAGCGUCAGGGAAGACAACCCGGUUUCGUAUUCGCAACUAGCAAGGAGUAUCCAUGAACUAGCUGCUACGUCUGAUCAAAAAAGUUCUCAAAAGCAAUUAGUGCAUCAUGUGUUUCCGAAACUUGCUGUUUACAAUUCGGUGGAUCCAUCAUUGGCACCAUCUCUUCUCAUGCUGGAUCAGCAAUGUGAAGACAGGACGAUUCUGCGCUAUGUGUAUUAUUACUUGGCUAGGAUUUUAUCAGAUACUGGUUCUCAAGGUUUAAAUCCUGGUGGUGGAAUACCUACUCCUAAUUGGGAUGCUUUGGCUGAUAUUGAUGCUGUUGGAGGGGUGACUAGAGCUGAUGUUGCACCGAGAGUAGUAGACCAGCUUUCGAAAGAGGCUUCAGAUGAUAAUGUUGAAUUUCAUGCUCGGAGAUUGCAAGCACUGAAGGCUCUUACAUAUGCUCCUGCCAGCAACACUGAUAUUUUAUCAAGAUUGUAUGAGAUUGUAUUUGGCAUUCUUGACAAGGUUGGUGACAACCCUCAAAAACGAAAGAAAGGUGUUUUUGGGACUAAAGGUGGUGAUAAGGAGUCUAUCAUUCGGAGUAAUUUGCAAUAUGCUGCGCUAAGUGCAUUAAGAAGACUUCCCCUGGAUCCUGGAAACCCAGCAUUUCUGCACCGUGCUGUACAGGGGGUUUCGUUUGCUGAUCCUGUUGCUGUAAGGCAUGCUUUGGAAAUUCUCUCUGAGUUGGCUGCAAAAGACCCUUACGGCGUUUCAAUGGCAUUAGGAAAGCUUGCACUCCCUGGAGGAGCGUUGCAGGAUGUCCUCCAUUUGCACGAUGUGCUUGCUAGAGUAGCACUGGCCAGGUUGUGUCAUACAAUAUCUAGAGCUCGUGCAUUAGAUGAUAGGCCCGACAUUAAAUCUCAGUUCAACUCAGUGCUUUAUCAACUCCUUCUAGAUCCCAGUGAAAGAGUCUGUUUUGAGGCAAUCUUAUGCGUCCUAGGAAAACAUGAUAACACAGAGAGUACUGAGGAGCGUGCUGCUGGCUGGUACCGUUUAACAAGGGAGAUACUGAAGUUGCCAGAAGCACCCUCUGUAUCAUCAAAGGGAUCUAGUGCUGAUUCAAAUGAUACGUCGAAGACUUCUAGAGAUAAAUCCCAAAAGACCAGGCGCCCGCAACCUCUUAUUAAACUUGUAAUGAGAAGGUUGGAAAGUUCUUUUCGUAGUUUCUCCAGGCCAGUACUUCAUGCAGCAGCAAGAGUUGUGCAAGAGAUGGGAAGAAGUCGGGCUGCUGCCUUUGCUGUAGGAUUACAGGACAUAGAUGAAAGAGUUAAUGUGAAUGCCGUUUCCGAGAGUGCAGAUGAGGAUUUUAAUGAAAAUCCAUAUGCAGAUGGUGCCAGGAAGGCUUCUGCUGUAUCUAGUGCAACAGGUAGCAAGGAUACAAUUGCAAGUUUAUUAGCUUCAUUAAUGGAGGUAGUGCGGACAACUGUAGCCUGUGAAUGUGUCUAUGUUCGAGCAAUGGUAAUCAAGGCAUUGAUAUGGAUGCAACUUCCACAUGAAUCCUUCGAUGAACUAGAAUCCAUUAUUGCAUCAGAGCUUUCUGAUCCAUCAUGGCCAGCUACAUUGUUGAAUGAUGUUUUGCUGACUUUGCAUGCUCGUUUCAAGGCAACUCCGGAUAUGGCUGUCACUCUGCUUGAAAUUGCAAGGAUCUUCGCAACUAAGGUUCCAGGAAAGAUUGAUGCUGAUGUGUUGCAAUUAUUGUGGAAAACAUGCCUUGUUGGUGCUGGUCCUGAUGGAAAGCACACCGCAUUGGAAGCAGUCACUAUAGUCCUUGACCUACCGCCACCACAGCCUGGUUCGAUGUUGGGAUUUACUUCAGUGGACAGAGUAUCUGCAUCUGAUCCAAAGUCGGCUUUGGCAUUGCAGAGAUUAGUCCAAGCAGCAGUAUGGUUUCUUGGAGAAAAUGCAAAUUAUGCUGCUUCUGAAUAUGCUUGGGAAUCUGCGACGCCUCCUGGCACUGCAUUGAUGAUGUUAGAUGCAGAUAAAAUGGUUGCUGCUGCCAGUUCUCGUAAUCCUACUCUAGCUGGUGCAUUGACUCGACUACAGAGGUGUGCUUUCAGUGGCAGCUGGGAGGUUCUAUCAGACCUUUGCCUUAAAGUUCGAAUUGUUGCUGCUCAAGCCCUCACAACUAUGGCAAUCAGGUCUGGUGAGCCCUUUAGGAUACAGAUCUACGAAUUUUUAAAUGCUUUAGCACAGGGUGGAGUGCAGUCUCAGUUAUCCGAAAUGCAUCUUAGUAAUGGGGAAGAUCAAGGAGCUAGCGGUACAGGCCUUGGAGUCUUAAUAAGUCCCAUGGUAAAGGUCCUUGAUGAAAUGUAUAGAGCGCAGGAUGAACUGAUCAAAGAUAUAAGACACCAUGACAAUGCAAAUAAAGAAUGGACAGAUGAAGAACUGAAGAAACUUUAUGAAACGCAUGAGAGAUUGUUAGAUCUGGUUUCAUUGUUUUGUUAUGUUCCAAGAGCAAAGUAUCUACCUCUGGGGCCAAUAAGGAAAGAAGAGGUGAGAAGCCAUGAUUUAGUGCAUGUAAAUAAUAGGUCUCAUUCUUCUACCCUUUCCCAGGAGGGGUUUGCUUUGUCAUUUGCUAAACUUAUUGAUGUCUAUCGCACAAAGCACAACAUAAGUGCAUCGACUGGUUUAAGUGAUCCAGCUGUUGCCACUGGAAUUUCUGACCUAAUUUAUGAGUCAACAAAACCAGCCCCAGUUGAGUCUGAUGCACUUGAUGAUGACCUCGUGAAUGCUUGGGCAGCAAACCUUGGUGAUGAUGGUUUAUUGGGAAAUAGUGCACCUGCAAUGAGUAGGGUCAAUGAAUUUCUUGCUGGUAUGGGAACUGACGCUCCAGAUGUUGAAGAGGAAAAUAUAAUAUCUAGACCUUCAGUUAGUUAUGAUGAUAUGUGGGCAAAGACCCUUUUGGAGUCUUCAGAGCAGGAAGAGGAUGGAAGGUCAUCUGGGUCAUCAUCCCCAGACUCAAUUGGGUCAGUUGAAACUUCAAUAUCAUCCCACUUUGGUGGAAUGAACUACCCAUCAUUGUUCAGUUCUCGGCCCACAAGUUAUGGAGCAUCACAAAUAUCGGAGAGGUCAGGAGGAAGCAGGUAUAGCGCUACUUCAUCCUAUUAUGAGGGUGUAGGUUCUCCGAUUCGGGAAGAGCCCCCACCAUACACAUCACCUGAUAGGUCAUUUGAGAACCCCUUAGCUGGGCGUGGGUCCCUGAGUUUUGAAUCUCAGGAAUCAGAACGACCAUCAUCUGCAACUCCGCAAUUUGGAUCUGCACUCUAUGACUUCAGUGCAGGUGGAGAUGAUGAGGAAAUUGAGAUAGGUUUUAUGCAUGAAACCGUAAUUGCAGGAGAAGAGGUUGAAAUUGAGUACGAAGUUGAUGGAUGGUUUUAUGUCAAGAAGAAACGCCCUGGUAGGGAUGGCAAAAUGGCCGGACUCGUUCCAGUUCUGUAUGUCAAUCAGAGUUAA